AUGUCGAAACAGCUCUCCACUCUUCAACGGUUGAAGUUAAUUUACAAAACGAGUCGUUUUCCUUGGAAACGUCAUGUUAUGGUUGGUUGGGAUUUAGCUGGCAACGAAUAUUGGGAAAUGCCAAACCCUAACCAUCCCGCGGGUCGAUGGAAACGUUGGGUUCAAAUGAAAGAAAAUGACGGUGACAUAGCUAUUUUUAAAGAAAAUGAUCUUCCAGUACAAUGGCAAGCAUGGCUGCGACAUACACGAUAUGAACCACCAGCUAAGGAAGAACUUAUUAGAGAGCAAUACCGCUUGGCCAAAUUACAGCAAAAAGUUCGACAGCUAGAGGUUGAAGCGGAUGAAGAACGAGCAGAAGAGCAAGAAAAAGAACCAUUGCAGCAGCAACAGAAGGAGGGGCCUGAUGUAGCUGAAGGUUCACAACCGGAAGGUCAAGGUGAAACGUUCGUACCUGGCUCAUGGAUGCCGACUAGCUCUCGUCGUCGUUAG